GGGGAGGGGAAGCAGUCCUAGCUCAAAUUCCCAGGGGAGCAGACGGCGAAAGGCAGGAGGAAGGAAGCCCCGGAGCCGGUGCAGGAGCUGUGGGCCCGGUCAGCUCAAGCUAGACAAUUUUGCAUGUCACCUGGGAAGCCAUAUUUUACUAUUAGCGGAUGAAACUUGGCAGCACUUCUGCCCUGUUACAGGAAAAAUGGCUGACAGGGGCUGGAUGGCUUGGAGCCUCCUCUUUCCAUACACUCUCAGAACCUCUCCUUCACAUGCAAACAUAAAGAGACUUCUUACACUGUAAUUCAGUUGCCCAAAGCACAAAGGAAGAGGCUGCUUCUGAAGAUUUCGGUCUCCAACUGCCAUCCAUUGAUCCAUCACUGAAGGUUUCAGUCUCAGACUGCCAAUCAUUGGUCCGUCACUUCUGCCAUAUUGCUUUGGUUACAGUAAGUUGCAGAGUAAAUCCUUGGGCCACUUCCAGAAAUGUCUUCCUUAAGUGGGAAAGUGCAAACCGUUUUGGGUCUUGUAGAACCAAGCAAACUGGGACGCACCUUGACCCAUGAGCAUUUAACAAUGACCUUUGACAAUUUUUACUACCCACCUCCUCCAUGCCACGAAACUACCUCCAAGGAAACUAUCAUGCUGAAAAAUUUAUUUUGGAUUCAGAAAAAUCCUUAUUCCCAUCAGGAGAACCUUCAGUUGAAUCAGGAGACAGAAGCCGUAAAGGAAGAACUGUUAUAUUUCAAGGCUAAGGGUGGAGGAGCCUUGGUGGAGAACACCACCACUGGACUCAGCAGGGACGUGCAAACACUGAAGUGGCUAGCAGAGCAAACUGGAGUCCACAUCAUAGCUGGAGCUGGGUUUUAUGUUGAUGCAACUCACUCAGCAGCAACCAGGGCCAUGUCAGUGGAGCAGCUUACAGAUGUCCUUAUUAAUGAAAUUCUCCAUGGAGCUGAUGGAACCAGUAUCAAGUGUGGAGUCAUUGGAGAAAUUGGCUGCUCCUGGCCUUUGACUGACAGUGAGAGAAAGGUACUUCAGGCUACAGCUCAUGCCCAGGCUCAGCUUGGCUGUCCUGUCAUCAUCCAUCCUGGAAGGAGCCCAGUUGCACCGUUUCAGAUCAUCCGUAUAUUGCAAGAAGCAGGUGCAGACAUCUCUAAAACAGUUAUGUCCCACCUUGACAGGUCUAUACUUAAUAAGAAGGAGCUGCUGGAGUUUGCACAACUUGGCUGCUACUUGGAAUAUGAUCUCUUUGGCACGGAGCUCCUUAAUUACCAGUUCAGCCCUGAUAUCGAUAUGCCUGAUGAUAACAAAAGAAUUAGAAGGGUCCGUUUCCUGGUGGAUGAGGGCUAUGAAGAUCGGAUUCUCAUGGCACAUGACAUACACACGAAACACCGACUGAUGAAGUAUGGAGGCCAUGGCUACUCGCAUAUUCUCACCAACAUUGUUCCUAAGAUGCUCCUCAGAGGAAUAACUGAGAGGGCAGUUGAUAAGAUCCUAAUAGAAAACCCUAGACAAUGGCUAACUUUUAAAUAGGACGACUGUUUAUGAACACAGACCUAGAGGUUAAAUUUGUAGAGAAUAUUCCAUGAUUUCCAAUCUGAGAUGUUAAUCCAAGCUACACAGGACCAAUGACUGAUCACUUCCCUCCUGUGAGAAACCUGAUAACUAUCACAGGGAAAUCUCUGGUGGGGGCUACUGGGUUUAAGUGAGUCCUAUUGUCUUACCUUAAUAAAACAAAUACAAAAGAGUGUGUUUCCAAACAAUAAUUUAGAGAUAUAUCUCCCGAGUCAUUUUGAAUCUUUUUUCCCCUGACUCUAUCAUCUACACUACUUGAGAAAAAUUAUAGUGUUUCUAGUUAAGUUGCCCCCUUCUGGAGCAAUCUAAUGUUUCUUGUAAUAUUGAUGAUCCUACUAAUUAUCCUGCUGUUCUUUAAUUAAUGCUUAAUGAAUAAUAUGGCAUUUUCAAAUCACUUUUGCAACAAGGGAAGUUAAAUUUUGAGACUUUUUUUUUCCAAAGGAGACUGCUAUAAAAUUACCAAUUCACAACAAUAAAAAUAUUUUGGAAGGUUAACUGUGCUUUGCACUAUCUAUGUAAACUUAUAAUAAAUCAUUUUUGCUGACUCUG